AUGCAAGACGCUACGGGUUCCAGCCAACCAGCCCUGCCGCUCCCGGCGUUCAUCCUCUUCACGGAGGCCGCGCUGGCAUGCAUCAUGGCUACCCUGCCGCUAACCCCAGUCCGGAUCGCCGCGUCUGUUCUCCUUCUCUGUGCAUGCGCAUACGGGGCCGUGUCGUACACCCUGGGCAAGCCAGACGACGACUACUCGCUGGGCAGCAGCCUCUUCGGGACCCUCAUACUCAACACUAUACUCUUCACCUGGCUGAUCCCGGACCCGCUGCGCGACAUUCGGUACCUCAAGGAAGGUUCUGCGCCGCUCACCGAAAAACCACUCCUCACGCGGAUCUGGUAUGCGGUUUGUAUACACCACAACUGGCGCCUCAUCGGCACGAACGCUCAGGUUGCGAAUGUGCCCCCGCCGUUCAGAGGAACCAGGGCGCGGUACCUGCUGCUGCGGCUCCGUCAGAUAUGCGUGUGCCUGGUAAUGCUCGACCUCAUCGAGUCCUUCGUCCACUCUCACCCCCAUCUGUACACCCCUGGGGUGAGCGACGCGCAUUUCCCUCCGGGGGCCGCAGGAUAUCUGAUGCGCUCGGGCUGCAUGGCGGUCUGGCUCAUGAACACAUACACGACUAUCAAGCUAUCGUACUCUGGGCUGUCCUUCGUGGUUGUAGCGUUAUUCCUGUGGGCACCCGCAGACUGGCCAGACCUCUUCGGUAAUUGGUCCGACGCAUACACCGUCCGUCGUCUUUGGGGGCGCGUCUGGCACCAGGUCCUCCGCCGCCACUUCUCGCACUGGGGCAAGGCCGCGGUGCGCACGCUCCACAUCCCGCGCGGCACCUUCCUCUCCUCGCAGAUCCAGGUACACGCGGCCUUCCUCGCGUCCGCGCUCCUGCACUGCCUGGGCGACGUCACGCUCGGCCACUCCGUGCGGUACUUCGGGCGCGUCUCCCUCGCGUUCUUCCUCGUGAACGCCGCCGGGAUCACGUUCGAGGAUGGGGUGAUCGCGCUCGCGCGCAGGGCGGGCGUGCCACGGGCGCCGCGCGUGCUGGGGUACGUGUGGGUGUGCGCGUGGUUCACGUGGGCGGCGCGGUUCUACCAGGAGCCGAUAUAUGCGGCGGGCUUAGGGCAGGCGCGGACGUUGCCGUGGUCGCCGACGAUGGAGGUCGUGGUGCCGUUCGUGUGA